CCCUCAGUAAGUGACCCCAGCAUGGACUUGUACUCGCAACCUGCAUUCGAUGUCAAGGCAAUCUUUUCGUGGCUGUCUGGUUAACGUUUUGCGGCCGAUGGAAAGAUUAAUGAACAUGCACGAGUACAGUACCUAGGUAUGUAUGAUCGUGACAAAGCUCAAGAUCCGGACGGUAGGUAGGCAUCAGGUUUCGUCGCAAUCCUCCAGUGAGAGUAUAUAAUAUGAUAUGAGUGUUGAGAUUUGGAGAACAGCUCAAGCAAUAUCAGAAAAGUCUUCAUUGGAUCUCAUUGUAACCGCCUUUUCAAUAUGCAUAUUCCAACCCUUCUCACUCUCCUCGCCAUUCCCCUCGCUCUCUCUUCACCUCUCGACCCACGAGAUCCUCAAACUCAACCAACACUCAAAUGGACAACCUACCUCCAACCAGCUCUCCCAGUAUAUGAUCCUCCAAACAACUACAGCUUCUCCCCCACCACUCUAACCCUCAUAUCCGGCUCCACCGAAGCAAUCCUAAUCGACACCCCUCUCUCCAACGUCUCAGCCCUCACCGUCUCCUCCUGGCUCACCUCCCAACUAUCCCCCAACAACCUCACCCUAAAAUACAUCUACAUCACCCACGGCCACGGCGACCACUUCUUCGGCGCCCCCGUCAUUCUCUCCCACUUCCCAUCCGCAACCCUAAUCGCCACCGCCGGCACCAUUGCCCACGCCCUCGAACAACUCGAACCCUCCCAAUUCGACACUUUCUGGGGCCCUCUCUUCCCCGGCCAAAUCGCCCCGCAAACACAGACCUGGACUGCGCUGCCGGAAAACGGACUCUUUGAUCUCGACGGGUUCCCGAUGCAGGCCGUCGAGGUCGGACAGACGGAUACGUACAAUAGCACCGUGCUCCACGUCCCGAGUCUGAACAUGGUAGUUGCGGGCGAUGCUGUGUACGGGUCUUGUUUCCAGUACCUGCAAGAGACGAGCACGCCGGCGUUGCGGGCGGAGUGGUUGAAAGCUCUCGUCAAGAUUGAGGGGUUGGAGCCAGAAAUUGUGAUUCCGGCGCAUAGGCAGGAGUGGGAUGGGUUUGGGGUGGAGAAUUUGGCGAGGACGAGGGAGUAUUUGAGGGGGUGGGAGGUGGAGGUUUUGGAUACGGUGGCGGUGGGGAGGGGGAAGGAGGAGUUGAAGAGGAGGGUGGGCAGCGUGUUUCCGGAGAGGGUGGGGGAUUAUAUUUUUGAGAUUAGUGCUGAGGCUGCGUUUGGGAAUGGGACAGCUUAG